GGAAAGGCGCCGCCACCGCCGCCGCCGCUGGCCAAGGUGCUGGACACCCCAGGCCCGUCGGCCGCUUCGCCUGGUCAGGCCCCCUCUGCUGCAGCCGCUGCGGCCUCGCUUCCAGCCAGGUCCCCAUGGAAGAGAUGGAAGAAGAGUUAAAAUGCCCUGUGUGUGGCUCCUUCUAUCGGGAGCCCAUCAUCCUGCCCUGCUCUCACAAUUUGUGUCAGGCGUGCGCCCGCAACAUCCUGGUGCAAACCCCGGAGUCCGAGUCCCCCCAGAGCCGUCGGGCCUCGGGCUCUGGGGUCUCCGACUAUGACUAUCUGGACCUGGACAAGAUGAGCCUGUACAGCGAGGCGGACAGCGGCUAUGGCUCCUACGGAGGUUUCGCCAGCGCCCCCACUACCCCGUGCCAGAAGUCGCCCAACGGCGUCCGCGUUUUCCCCCCUGCUAUGCCGCCACCGCCCACCCACCUGUCACCGGCUUUGGCCCCGGUGCCCCGCAACUCCUGCAUCACCUGUCCCCAGUGCCACCGCAGCCUCAUCUUGGAUGACCGGGGGCUCCGCGGCUUCCCCAAGAACCGCGUCCUGGAAGGGGUCAUCGACCGCUACCAACAGAGCAAAGCCGCGGCCCUCAAGUGCCAGCUCUGCGAGAAGGCGCCCAAGGAAGCCACCGUCAUGUGCGAACAGUGCGACGUCUUCUACUGCGACCCUUGCCGCCUGCGCUGCCACCCGCCGCGGGGGCCCCUAGCCAAACACCGCCUGGUGCCCCCGGCCCAGGGCCGCGUUAGCCGGCGGCUGAGCCCGCGCAAGGUCUCCACCUGCACAGACCACGAGCUGGAGAACCACAGCAUGUACUGCGUGCAGUGCAAGAUGCCAGUGUGCUACCAGUGCCUGGAGGAAGGCAAACACUCCAGCCACGAAGUCAAGGCUUUGGGGGCCAUGUGGAAACUGCACAAGAGCCAGCUCUCCCAGGCGCUGAACGGACUGUCAGACAGGGCCAAAGAAGCCAAGGAGUUCCUGGUGCAGCUCCGCACCAUGGUGCAGCAGAUCCAGGAAAACAGUGUGGAGUUUGAGGCCUGCCUGGUGGCGCAGUGUGAUGCUCUCAUUGACGCCCUAAACCGAAGGAAGGCUCAGCUGUUGGCCCGGGUCAACAAGGAGCAUGAACACAAGCUGAAGGUGGUUCGGGACCAGAUCUCUCAUUGCACGGUGAAGCUGCGCCAGACCACGGGCCUCAUGGAGUACUGCUUGGAAGUGAUCAAGGAGAACGAUCCCAGUGGCUUCCUGCAGAUUUCAGACGCCCUCAUAAGGCGAGUCCACUUGACUGAGGACCAGUGGGGGAAAGGCACACUCACCCCCAGGAUGACCACGGACUUCGACCUGAGCCUGGACAACAGUCCUCUGCUGCAGUCCAUUCACCAGCUGGACUUCGUGCAAGUGAAAGCUUCCUCUCCAGUCCCAGCAACCCCCAUCCUACAGCUGGAGGAGUGUUGUACCCACAACAACAGUGCCACACUGUCCUGGAAGCAGCCCCCUCUGUCCACUGUGGCCGCCGAAGGAUACAUUCUGGAGCUGGAUGAUGGAAGUGGUGGUCAGUUCCGGGAAGUAUAUGUUGGAAAAGAAACAAUGUGCACCGUGGACGGCCUUCACUUCAACAGCACAUACAAUGCUCGAGUCAAGGCCUUCAACAAAACAGGAGUCAGCCCCUACAGCAAGACACUGGUCCUCCAGACGUCUGAGGACACAGAAUCAGAAGAACAGACCCUCCCUUUUCCAGUGCCUUCGGAAAGACUGCCGCUCCGUAGAAUGAGUCCUUUCUCCUCCACCCUUAAUCUACAACCCAGCUUCCCCGGGAGAUCCUACUUUGAUUUCCGAUCCUCGCCCCAUCAGCUCAGCUUGCACUCUUCUUUACAGUCUCUCAAUGCACCGGUUGACAUUAAGAAGCUGCUGGCAGUGGCUUGGUUUGCUUUUGACCCUGGCUCGGCGCACUCGGACAUCAUCUUCUCCAAUGACAACCUGACAGUGACGUGCAGCAGCUACGACGACCGGGUGGUGCUGGGGAAAACUGGCUUCUCCAAGGGUGUCCACUACUGGGAGCUAACCAUAGAUCGCUAUGACAACCACCCGGACCCAGCCUUUGGCGUGGCUCGCAUCGACGUCAUGAAGGAUGUGAUGUUAGGAAAGGACGACAAAGCUUGGGCAAUGUAUGUGGACAAUAACCGGAGCUGGUUCAUGCACAGCAACUCGCACACCAACAGAACUGAAGGGGGAAUCACAAAAGGGGCCACCAUCGGGGUCCUCCUCGACCUAAACAGAAAGACGUUAACAUUCUUCAUCAACAAUGAGCAGCAAGGUCCCAUCGCAUUUGAGAAUGUGGAGGGCCUGUUCUUUCCUGCUGUGAGCCUCAACAGGAAUGUGCAGGUCACACUCCACACUGGGCUUCCGGUCCCCGACUUCUACUCCAGCAGAGCCUCCAUAGCCUAAGGGUGUGCUGUGGAGGCACUCGCUGUCCCCGAGAGGGCCAGCAUGGAGCCACCAGCCUUGGCAGACGCGGAGUUGGCAGAAGACAGAGAAGGAGAAGAGCUGGUCCUCCGCCAUCUCCGCCCCUCCAGCUCCACCCCUUCCCAUCAGCCUCUGCAUCACUUCACCCGAGCUCCCGUCCUCAUCCAGAAGUCCUAACCCACAGAGGACCUGGCAGCCCACCAUUCCCUUUGUUCCCACUUUCACAUGUUACUUUUCUUUCAUUUAGGGUGUUUUUGUUUUCUUUUUAAUGUAGAUUGAGUUCCUUUUCUUUCUUUUCUGAUUAUGUUUCACUGGCUUACGUACCUAACUGGCACUGCCAAGAGAAAAUUCUCCUAGGAAUUUUUUUUCUUAGGCUUUCGGUCAAGCAAAGAUGUUAUAGGAGAGCAGGUAGGGAAGAGGUUGAAUUUAGAGUUUGUCAUUGGACUCCUAGAAUGUUCUCGGCCUGUUU